AUGAGUUCAGAGGAUUCACCUACUCGCAUACUCCUCGUCAUCGAUGUCCAGAGAUGCCUUCUUGGCCCUCCAAAUCCGGUCCCUGGCUCGAUAAAGAUCCUCCGCAACCUGGAGGCUGCUCUCGCUCGAGAAAGGGCCGCUUCCCCGCCGACCAAAGUAAUUUGGAUUCGGCACAAUGAAGAUGAUGAUCCCGACUUCACCCCCAAUACCACGCCAUGGGAAAUCGUGCAGACGGAAUUAUUUCGCAUCCAGGAAAACGAGGUGAUAGUUGAUAAAACAACGCGCGAUUCCUUCCACAAGACAUCGUUGGGGUCACAUAUCGAGACUCCUGGUUUCGACCCACAGAACCUCCAGCUGGUUAUCAUAGGUUUACAGAGCGAUUACUGUGUUCAGACUACUGCAAGAAGCGCCCUUGCAAGAUAUCCCUCUGCACGAGUAUCACUUGUGCAUGGUGCUCACGGAACAUAUGACGAUGAAAAGGCCGGGAGGAGUGCGGAGGAAGUUUCUGAGCAAAUUGAGAUAGAGCUGAGGGACGAGGGGGUCAUCAUUGAGGACAUCAACUAAAGGGGCCAAGGCGUACAUGAGCUCUGUGAACUUUCAGUUGGAACCGAGCCGUAGUAUUAUUAGUCUUGUCAUUCGCAGAAUUAUAGGAUAGGGCGUGGCCAAAUAUAGUUCCCUUCUCGGCGAGAG